GAGGAUCUGGUUUCCACUCGGCUGGUUUUUGGCGUUGCAUCAGAGGAGACGGAGGAGAGGGAGGAAGAAGAAGAAGAAGACGGGAGCGAAAGGACAGGUGGACAGUAGGUGAACUGGUAACCACAUAACUGGAUCACUGGGCAGAUCAGUGGUUAAUAGCAGGCGGAUAGUGCUGGAUGCCAGUCUGUGUUUUUAGGAGGAACAGAUGGAAUCGGAAGAGAAUCUGCUGAAUGUUUUUCUGCAGCUGCUGCUGAUCGGCUCUCACUUCACUCUGGUGGGUCCUUCACCCCCUGAGGAGGGCUGGCAGGUGUACAGUUCAGCUCAGGACUCUGAGGGCAGAUGUAUCUGCACUGUUGUGGCUCCGCAGCAGACUGUCUGCUCCAGAGAUGCUCGAACUAAACAGCUCAGACAAUUGCUGGAGAAGGUUCAAAACAUGAGUCAAUCUAUUGAGGUUCUGGACCAGCGGACACAGCGGGACAUGCAGUUUGUCGAGAAGAUGGAGGUGCAGCUAAGAAGUCUUGAAAACAAAUUCAAACAAGUCGAGGAGGGACAUGAGAACAACAUUGCAAGGCAGUACAAGUCCAUUAAAGCAAAGAUGGAGGAGCUGCGUCCUCUGAUCCCAGUUCUGGAGGCAUACAAGGCAGAUGCUCUGUUGGUCCGUCAGUUUAAAGAGGAAGCAGCAAAUGUAACAGAGCUGCUGGGAUCGCUGCAGGAACAACUGGGAGGACUGGACUACCAGGAACUCCACACCCGGGUGGUGGACCUAGAGAACCGUCUGCGUGCAUGCAUGCAGAGGCUUGCUUGUGGAAAACUUACAGGAAUAUCUGAACCAAUAACAAUGAAAACAUCUGGGUCCAGAUUUGGUUCGUGGAUGACAGAUCCACUGGCUCCAGUUGGAGAUGACAGAGUCUGGUACAUGGAUGGUUAUCACAACAAUCGCUUUGUCAGGGAGUACCAGUCUAUGUAUGACUUCAUGACAACGGAUAACUUCACAUCCCAUCGCCUGCCUCAUCCAUGGUCUGGUACUGGCCAAGUGGUUUACAAUGGAUCCAUUUACUACAAUAAGUUUCAGAGUCACACAAUCAUCAAAUUUGACUUUAGCACGUCACUUAUCAGUCGCUCCCGGCAGCUUGACUUUGCCGGUUACAACAACAUGUACCAUUACUCAUGGGGUGGUCACUCUGACAUCGACCUCAUGGUGGAUGAGGGUGGGCUCUGGGCUGUGUAUGCAACCAAUCAAAAUGCCGGUAAUAUUGUUCUUAGCAAAUUAAAUCCGAACACUCUACAAAUCAUCCGAAGUUGGACCACCAACCAUCCAAAACGCAGUGCUGGUGAGGCCUUCAUGAUCUGUGGAACAUUGUAUGUCACUAAUGGUUAUUCAGGAGGAACAAAGGUGUACUAUGCCUACUCCACCAACUCCUCCACCUACGAAUACAUCGAUAUUCCCCUGACCAAUAAAUACAGCCACUUGUCCAUGCUUGACUACAAUCCUAGAGACAGAGCACUUUAUGCCUGGAACAACGGGCACCAAGUUCUGUAUAAUGUAACACUAUAUCAUAUAAUACAGUAACUAAAUAUCAUUCUCAUAAUCUCAGCGUGAAAGUUAUAAGGUUAAGAAAAUACAUUUCCUCUCAAGCAAAAAAAAAAAAAACAAACAACCCAAAUUUUUAACGUUGAUUGACUUGUAGACACUUUAAAGAGAAAGCAAUGCUCCGAGCCUUGCAAAGGUAUUAACCCCCUUGCUAUUUUCUACUUGUUGUUACCUCACAAUGUGGAAUCAAAAUGGAUUGUUUAAGAUUUUGCACCAGAUAACUUACAAAACAUGCCUUUUGAAUGUGUAUUGGUUUCAAAUCUGUUUAUUUAAAAAGCUCCUUUUUAAGGACUUCCUCUUAAUUCAAAUCAGUUUUAUUUAUAUAGCGUCAAUUCACAGCACACAUCAUCUCAAGGCUCUUUCCAGAGUCAAUUAAAUGAAAUCCUCCAGAGACAUUGGUUCAACAUUUUCUCUCUCAGGGAACCCAGCAGGUUGCUUCCAGCAUUCACUCCUCCUGGAUGAACAUGGAGCCACA